CACGCGACAACAUCCUUCCUCCACCAUCGACAUGCAGGUCCUCGCUAAGACCGCCCGCGCCAGCGCACCGCGCUUCUGCAUGCGCUCGUUCGCCUCGUCUGCGGAAAGGUGCCAGGCUACUCCUAUUGAGAAGCCUGUACUAAACAAGGAAUUCAAAAUUUAUCGCUGGAACCCAGAUGAACCUGCCAACAAACCCACUCUCCAGUCUUUUACCAUUGAUCUUAAUCAAACUGGGCCCAUGAUUCUUGAUGCGCUCAUCAAAAUUAAGAACGAAAUCGACCCCACGCUCACCUUCCGUCGUUCAUGCAGAGAGGGUAUCUGUGGUUCUUGCGCGAUGAAUAUCGACGGUCAAAAUACCCUCGCCUGUCUCUGUCGUAUAGACAGAAACCCGAGCAAGAAUUCCAAGAUCUAUCCGCUUCCUCACAUGUAUAUCGUGAAAGACCUGGUUCCCGACCUGACGCUAUUCUACAAGCAGUACAAGUCCAUCAAACCCUACCUUCAGAACGAUAACUUGCCCGAGCAGGGCGAGUUCUUGCAAUCGCAGGAGGACCGCAAGAAGCUCGAUGGAAUGUAUGAGUGUAUUCUAUGUGCAUGCUGCACGACAAGUUGUCCAUCGUAUUGGUGGAACCAGGAUGAAUACUUGGGCCCUGCGACGCUAAUGCAAGCAUACCGCUGGAUCGCCGACUCUCGUGAUUCAUAUGGUGCCCAGAGAAAGGAGCAACUCCAGAACGAGAUGAGCAUGUACCGCUGUCACACAAUUUUCAAUUGCGCACGUACCUGCCCGAAGGGUCUUAACCCUGCAGAAGCCAUCGCGAAGAUCAAGCUCGAGCUUGCCGCUGACUAAUAGCCUUGCGUCGACAGUGGGACGGAGCUUGUGUGAACAGGCCGUCACCUGCGGUCGUUACUCAUGAUUCCGAGUGAAAUCCCAUCAUGAUGUUGGUACUAUAUUUGUCUUCGUUCGUCGAUGCAAAUAAAGAGAACGUAUCUUUGACGUAUCUUGUCGAUUGUUCACGCUUGACAACGCGGUAUAUAGUUGACCAUACGCAAAAGGAUCAGUUCUGAGAUCC